AUGUGGCAGUCGGGGAUUGUUCGAGUCAAUUUUCAGGCUAAUGCAAAGCGCAAAUUUGUUGAAACGGUUGAAGCUCAUGUUAAUUUGGGUGUUGAUCCACAACGUGGUGACCAGAUGGUGCAUGGUGCUUUGACACUUCCUCAUGGCACUGGAAAGACCGUUAGAGUAGCUGUAUUUGCUGAAAGGCCUGCAGCAGAUGAAGCCAGAGCUUCAGGAGCUGACAUAGUUGGUGGCGAUGAACUGAUAGCGGAAAUUAAAAAUGGAGGGGGCAAACUUAACUUUGACAAGUGCAUUGCCACUCCUAUGUUUAUGCCCCAUCUUUCCAAGAUUGCUAGGAUCCUCGGUCCACGUGGGUUGAUGCCAAAUCCCAAAGCCCUAAUUUCUGAGGGAAAAAAAAUCAAGGGUUCAAGGAAGGACCUAUUCCCAUAAUGAAUCCGGUUUGGAAGGAUGGAAAUCUUGCAAAUCUCCCCGCCAAAACACAGAGAGAGAGAGGA